UAUUGCUCUCAACCAAUCAACAGAGAUCAGCAAAUAGCAAGAAAGAUUUAAAACCAGGCAGAGGAGACGGAGAAGAGAGUCUGACUGAAUCCAGCUGGCAGCACACAAUUUUAUAAGAAAAUGGACACUUCCCGACUUCUCUUCCUCAUCUUCGUGGUGAUAACUACAUCUGAAUGUUCAGGGACAGCCAAGCCCAAAUGCAAAGACAUGGAGAACGCUUCAUACACCCUGUCGGAAGGGGAGGCAUUUUACUUCGAGCCUUCCGAAGUUGCAAGUGGCCUCUCCAAUGAAGAGAUCACAUGGUACAAAAAUGAGAUUGAGAAUAUUACCACUGACAAGAACGAGAAUGUACAUUACCGUGGUGAAGGACUCUUUUUCUUAAACCUGCUCCCUGAGAACUCUGGCACUUACACGGCCUGGGAAAAAGCCCCACCAGGAAACUGUUACAAAUAUGAUGUGGAAGUUAACGUCGUCAAACCAAGCCAAAUGAAGGACUUGCUCUACGGAGAAAUCAAAAACUCAGACACGAACAAAAGAAUCCCAUGUCCAAAUCCUGUCAAGAAAACAUGUCAAAAGUUGAAAGGAAAAUUCACGUGGAAGAAGGACAACAAACCCCUCCAAGGUCACCAUAAAGAUGAUCUUUGGAUUAAUAAUGCUACCAAAGAUGACGAGGGCAUCUACACGUGCAUUUGCACCUGGACAUACAACGGCAAGCAGUACAACUCGUCAGCCUCCAGGGAGCUAAAGGUUGAAGAAAAAGUUGCCAUCCGUGAAAUAAUGAUCCUCUCUCCGAUUGACGAGGAGCAGUUGGCUGACGAAGGUGUUGGGCUCAAGCUGAACUGCUCAAUUUUCUGUGGGACUACCAAGGAAAGUGACUGCGAUGCGAGCUGGAUGGUUGACGGACUCCCUUUCCACCAGCUCAAUGGAUACAACCAAACCACCAACACCAUCAUCGAUAAUUCUUCAAGGAAUACCAUCUCCACUGCAAUCCUGACUAUCGAAAAAGUAUCUGCUAAUCAUUUCAAGACUGAAUUUAAAUGCAUCGGCCAAGGCAUGUUCAAGGCGUCUGCCACGCUAACUCUUAGGCGUAGAGAGUCAGUAAUCCCACUGGUCACUGGAGCAGUGUGUGUGCUGUUCUUCGUUGUGUCGGCCGCCGUGCUGGUCAAGUGCUUCGCCAUUGACCUCAUUCUCUUCUUCAGACCCUACUUCCCAUUAAGCAGUUACAAUAAAGAUGGGAAAGUGUAUGAUGCCUAUGUGGUCUACCACAUGCAGAGCAUGGACAAGGCCACCGAGGACACACUCUGUCAGUUCGUCACCCAGAUUUUGCCCUCCGUCCUCGAGAAAAAAUGCGGAUAUCGACUCUUUAUCCACGGGAGGGAUGACGUACCCGGGGAAGACCGUCUGGAGCUAGUGGAGGAGCGCAUGAAGCAGAGCAGGAGGCUGAUGGUCAUCCUUACCCCGGGUUCAGGAUCAGAGUUACAGAGCACAGACCAACGUCACGCCGCGCCCCAAAACGCAGUGAUAGGAGAGUUCGACUGGCAGGUGGGGCUCCACCAUGCGUUGUUCCAGAGGGAAAUGAGUGUGAUUCUGGUCCAGCUGGGGGACACCGGCCCACAAGAAUACACACACCUUUCCGCUGGCUUGCAGCACCUGAUUCUCAAGAGCGCCCCUAUUAAGUGGCCAGAGGGUUCGCGUGGCGCUGCCGCGUGGAACUCACGCUUCUGGAAGAGAGUGCGAUACCUGAUGCCUGCAAUACCUGCAAUAAAAUGUCCACAGUCUGAUAUAAUCUGAAACCCUGUUAACUUUGUGUUUACUUGGAACGAUUGCUGUAUAUU